ACGCGCGUGCGUUUGUGUCACUUCGGACGCUUUUCGGCGCUGUACCGCCCUGAGGAGUGCGCGCGCCCCGCGUCACUUCAGUGCGAGUCAAAGAGGGCGAGCGGCGGGUUUUGAACUGCACGAGAAAGGUCGGCGCUGUCGCGACAGGCUCAGGAGAGACGUGUCCCAAGUGUACGCCAUGUCAUUGGGCUUCUGCCGCCAUCUUCUGAGAAGCUGCCAUGGCCCCCGAGCUCCCUGCGCGCCUCUCCGGUUAAUCUGGACCUCAGACUUUGCAAAAUGUUCAGCAGUGUGGCGGCGGUGCAACUUAGCAGGCAGGUUUGGUCCAUCGCAGAGGGUGGUCUGCAGGACUUCACAACAGAGCCCAGCAUGUAUGGCAUCUGAGCACAUUGCAAGGCUGAGCCAAGCGGAGCCGCUUUCACAGAGAUGCUUGCAUGUUGUCGCUCCUGUCACCAAGUGGGCAAACUGCCACCGCUUCCAUACCUCACCAUCAGCCAGAGCCCUGCCUGCACCCCUCAUCUGGGCAAUUCUCAAGCCCGUGCAGAAGCUGGUGGCAAUGCUUCUGGGCAGAAGCCUUAGGCGAUGGUGGAAGGACUUACCCCCCAACAAAAAGGAGCUGUUUAAGCAGAGUGUGCGCAAAAACAAGUGGAAGCUUGCAAUGGGUGGCUGCUGCCUUGGGCUCUUGUUCUCCAUUUUCUACCUCACACAUCUGGACGAGACGCCCAUCACUGGACGCCGGCGGCUUCUCGUCUUCAGCAAGCAACAUUUUGGCGAACUCUCCGAUUUCACUGCAAAGGCGUACCUGAAUGACUUUAAGGACAACCUGGUGCCUGAGAAAGAUCCCCGGCAUAAAGCAGUGAUGGCUGUACUGAUGCAUCUUGUAGAGAAGAACAAGGACAUCUCGGAGUUGUCGGCAAUGUCAUGGACGAUGAACAUCGUGGAAAGUCCUUUGGUGAAUGCGUUUGUGCUCCCGAGAGGACAGGUGUUUGUCUUCACUGGAAUGCUGGAGGCCGUGGCUGACAUCCACCAGCUCUUUUUUGUCCUCGGGCACGAGAUGGCACACGCUCUCAUGGGACACGGUGCGGAGCAGGCCAGUCUCGUCCACUUUGUGGAUUUUCUGUCUUUGAUUCUUCUGAUGGCAAUCUGGGCCGUGUGCCCCCGUGACAGCCUCGCCCUCGUGGGACAGUGGAUCCAGAGCAAAUUGGUGCAGUUCCUGUUUAAUCGUCCCUACAGCCGGAAGCUGGAGGUGGAGGCUGACAAGGUUGGGCUGCAGUUGGCUGCCAAGGCCUGUGCCGAUGUGCGAGCAGGAAGUGUCUUCUGGCAUCAGAUGGACCUGAGUGACGUUCUGACUGGGAAGCCCACCGUGCCCGAGUGGCUGUCCACACACCCGUCACACAUGAGCCGAGCAGAGCAGAUGGACCGGCUCAUUCCUGAGGCCCUGAAACUCCGGGAGAGCUGUGACUGCCCCGCGCUGCCUGAUCAGGACCCCCGCACCGUCUUCAUGCACAAAGUGCAGCUUCUGUUAGAAAAAGUCAAAGUGGCAACGAACGAGAGCAGCAGCAGGAGUCCAGCGCAGUCAGAGCCGCUGGCUCUGCCCAUCCCGUUGGUAAUACCUGGCACAGAAGUGGCCCGGGGGCUAACGGGGAAUCUGCUGCCAGAAACACUGGGCACUACGUCUGACAAGUAAGAGUACAACUGGCAGCACUGGAGUGGGAGGUGGCGGUGCCCAGGGCACACGACCUAGAGGUCCCAGUGAGUGCUAAGUGACUGCCUGAGCAGCGCCAAUCACACACUAGUAAAGCAAACAAGACCCACAGUAUACCCGUGGGCACACCUGGCAUGUAUGUGUCACCUCGGCCAAGGCUGAUCUCAAGACUGCCUCGAGGUGUUUGAUUUAAACAGGCCAGGGACGGACUUUAGUUUGGGUGUCUGAUGCAUUGGGCAGAACUGAUAAAACGCCUUGAGCCCGGGCCGGAAGGUGGAGACCACCAUCAUGCCAGCGUGUUGUGCUCUGUCAUGCUGUGCCACAAUCGGUGGCCCUAUUACCUGUGAAAAGAACGACACCCUUCAAUAGGCACCCACAGGCUGCCCCACAGAACCGGUGCUAUCGAGAGGUGGGGUGGGUGACAGGAGGGUCAGAUGGGUUUCAUGCCACAGAGACAGGCUGGCCCUCCCUUUACUCCUCCUGUGGGACCAUCACACCAGAUGAUUGAAGAGGAGCAACAGGCCCUGGGAGAAGAUGGGAAGGACAACACAACGGCAGGGCUGGUGACUUGCCUAACCCGCCUCCCGUGAAUGACCCGCACGUAGCGGACCACCUGUGACAAUCAGCUGCAUGCCAUCUUUUGUGAGAAUCUUAAUCUUGAUUAGUUUUUUAUUUGAAGGUGACCACUCUCAGUUAAACAGUUCAUCUGUGGAGAGGAGAGCACCUUUCUGGGGGUGUGAUAACUUAAUAAAAAUCAAA